AUGAAAGAAGUGGUGGGUUGGGGUACCAUGAAACCGCUUUACUACUUGUGCAAUUUUCUCGCCGUAACACCGCCCCAUAAUCUGGGUAACAACAUAACUCCGGUUUCUCUCCGUUUCAAAAUCUACACAAUAAUUCACAUUUUCCUCAUCAUUGCCCUUUAUGCACAUUCUUCCUACGGUCGCGAGAACUUCAUCUAUGGUUCCAUGAACAUGACAGUGGCCAUCACUGAUAAAAUCGCCAAUUUUAUGUUGACUUUUUUCAACGUUUCCUUGAGGGUGAUUUUAGUUUUCUCGAAGGGAAAAGUGAUCAAAAUAUUUUUCAAUCAAGGAUACGAAUUGUCCAAACAGGACAUUUUCAAUUGUUGCACGAAAUGGUCCUUUAGGAUGAAUUUCGCGAUUUUUAAUUUUUACAUGGUGGUGUUGCUCCUCUUUGACGCCUAUUUAUGGAUCAGUUCGGUCGGGGUGCGAAUGUUCCAAUACUACAUUGGCCGUAGUUUUUUCUAUUACGUGUGCAACACGACGAUUUUCCUCAUUUUUCAUUCGGUUUUGCCGAUUAAACGGUUUUUCGCCGCGUUGGGGGUGGCUUUUGACAACAUUAUGAAAAAUCUCAUUUGUGAAAUUGACGCAAAACGGGAGAUUUUCCUCGCGGAAUUCAAAAUCGCCAAAACUGCAAGUAUUAAAAGCAAUUGUUAUGAUUUGAAACGCGUUAGGAAGAAUUAUAACAGUAUUUGCGAACUAGUUGAUGCUUUUAACAACAUUUUUGGUCUUGCUAUGUUGGAGAUUAUCAUCGUGGUGAUCACUUAUGUGUUGAAUUUGACCGAUUUGUUCGUUGUUUAUGGGAUGAGUAAGAGUCGGAGUAUCGAAGGUGUGUCUUUUGGGACCAAUUUGGUCAUUUUGUGUGCCUUGUGGAUCACCACGUUGCUUUUGUUUACUAUUUUGCUGGCUUAUGGUUGCGCUGGGGCCACUUCAGAGGCUGAAAAAAUCGCCAAAAUCUGCUUCUUUUGGCUCAAUGAAAUCCCAACAAUUCCGGUUUCCAUCAAGGACCAAACCAUCAAAGAGGAAUUGACGCUUCUAGCCCAACAAUCUACACAACGGACCCCCAAAUUUUCAGCUGCUGGAUUUUUUCCAGUCGAUUUCACGCUACUUGGCUUCAUUUUCGGGAGCGUGACAUCCUACAUUAUCAUCUCAAUACAAUUUAUCGAAUAA